AUGGCUCCUGAUAAGAAGGAGAAAAAGCGCAAGUCGACGGUCGCCAGCGACUCUCCCGCGAAAAAAACCAAGAAGGUUGAGCCCAAGACCGGAGACCUCGAAAACAUUGCCCCCAAGUCAAUUUUGAAGAAAAAAGACGCUGCCGAUGUGAAGACCAAGGAGCCCAAACCUAGCUCCGUCAAGGCGAGUAAUGGGUCUGUCCACAAGAGCAAGCCCCGCAAGCGCGCCGCCGAUUUCCUGAGCGACGAUGAGAAUGAAGAGCCUGCUGCAUCUACUUCCACCAAAUCUGCGAAGAAGCCCAAAAAGUCAGAGUCAGCUGGCAAGGAAUCUAAGACCUCUUCAAAGGCGAAAAAAACCGAGGAGGUCGCCGAAGACUCUGACGAUGAACCCCAGGAUGUCGCUCCAGAGUCGGAGGACGAGGAAGACGAGGAGCUCGAUGACCAAACCGCAGCUUUGAUCAAGGGUUUCGAAAGCAGUGGCGAUGAGGAUGACUCUGGCGAUGAGGGCUACAGCAAGGACAAGCCGGUCCCCAAGAUUCCGGACUCCAAGAAGACUCAGCGCAAGAUCGCCAAGAAGCUGAAGCAAAAUGAGGCCCCAGAAGAGCCAGGAACCGUUUACAUUGGACGUAUUCCCCACGGUUUCUAUGAACAUCAAAUGCGCGCCUACUUUUCUCAGUUCGGUGAUAUUACCCGUCUUCGUCUCUCUCGCAACCGUAUUACUGGUCGUUCGAAGCACUAUGCCUUUGUCGAGUUCUCCUCCGCUACCGUCGCCAAGAUCGUUGCUGAGACCAUGGACAAUUACUUGAUGUAUGGUCAUAUCCUGAAGUGCAAAUUCGUUCCCCAGGAGCAGCUUCACGCGGAGGUCUGGAAGGGCGCCAACCGCCGCUUCAAGCGUACUCCAUGGAACCGUAUUGAGAAGAAGCGAUUGGAGAAGGGCAAGACCCGUGAGCAGUGGUCCAAGCGCAUUGAGGAGGAACAGAAGAAGCGACAAGCGACGGCUGAAAAGAUGAAGGCCCUGGGCUACGACGUUCCUCUGCCUCAGCUGAAGAGUGUUGACGACGUCCCUGUUCAGGUACAGGAGUCCAAGGCCGUCGAGGCUGCCACGACUCCUGCCGAAGAGCCUACAAAGGCUAUUGAAGCCCCAGCCGAUGAAGAAACUCCCAAGAGCAAAAAGAGUAAGAAGAUCGACACCCCGAAGGAGAAAGCAGUGGAGGCCGCUACCGAUUCGCCUGCCACUAAGAGCAAGAAGAAGGCCAAGAAGGCUAAGGCUUAA